UAAAUUUUUUUUAAUAAUGCCCAUGUUGAGGGUUAGGUCCCCAAAACAAUUUAAAUUUUGAAACCGUAAUGAGUUUCCAUGCGAAUGUCCUGGCAAGGUUUGAAUUUGGGUUGGCGGGGAUAAAUUGUUGUGCAUAUAAAAUUGCUUUGAUCCACAAUCAAUGCAUACAGAUCUUCUGUGAAAAACAGCUCCUAAAAAUUAAGGGGAGUAGUUAAAUUUGCUGUUUCCACCAGAAUUCUGGGUUGGGCAGUGAAUGGGGAAAGUAUGAAUGCUGCAGAAUUUGUGGGAUGCCAAUCGGGAUUUGCAAGCACAUCUGGAAGGAUACUAGGGGCUCUAUGGGGCCUCUGUGCGAAUUCUUGGUAGUUGCAGGACAAUACUUGUGCUCGCCACCGCACCAGCUUGCACUGCACUUAUGGGAUUCGCCAUGUCGCCAAGUCAUACUGCAGUGCUGGUAUGUGAAAGACCAGAAUGUACUA